AUGGAGUUUCUUGAUGAGGUGUCUCGAGUUUGGUACAUGUUCUUCUACGUGUUCGUCCUAGUUCUUUGCCUUAUGUUCUUCAAGCUCUUUCUACGUUGCUGGAUUUUGCCAGUUCGUACUCAGAAGAAGCUUAGAGAGAACGGCUUUAAAGGUCCGCAGCCUAGUUUCCCAUUUGGAAACCUUAAUGACAUGAAGAAGCUGAAGAUGGCUUCGGUAAUGGUCAAUAAUAGCAAAUCUUCCACCAUGAUCAACCAUGACAUACACUCCAUUGCACUUCCACAUUUCGCUCAGUGGCAACAAGAUUACGGGAAAGUGUUUGUUUACUGGCUAGGGAUAGAGCCGUUCGUGUACAUAGCUGAUCCUGAAUUCUUGAGUGUUAUGUCGAAAGGUGUAUUGGGGAAGAGUUGGGGAAAACCAAAUGUUUUCAAGAAAGACAGAGAGCCAAUGUUUGGUACCGGUUUGGUUAUGGUCGAAGGGGAUGAUUGGACACGACAUCGUCACAUUAUAACUCCUGCUUUUGCACCUCUUAAUCUUAAGGCAAUGACAAACAUGAUGGUGGAAUCAAUCUCCAACAUGUUGGAUCGAUGGACAAUACAAAUAAACUCGGGCAACCCCGAAUUUGACAUGGAAAGCGAGAUCAUAGGAACAGCUGGUGAGAUCAUCGCCAAGACAAGCUUCGGAGUAACUGGAGAAAAUGGAACUCAAGUUCUCAAAAACCUAAGAGCUGUGCAGUUCGCUCUCUUCAACUCAAACCGCUACGUAGGCGUACCGUUCAGCAACAUUUUGAGUUUCAAGCAAAACGUUAAAGCUAAGGAGCUAGGCCGAGAGAUCGAUGGUCGCCUUUUGUCCUUCAUAAACGAACGGAAGAGAUCUUUGGUCAAAGGUGACGACCAAGGCCAUGAUCUUCUUGGAAUGUUGCUUAAGGCGGAUCGUACAGGGAAUUUUACUGCAAAAGAGCUGGUGGACGAAUGCAAAACGUUCUUCUUCGCUGGCCACGAGACGACGGCUUUAGCACUGACGUGGACGUUCAUGCUUCUUGCGAUCCAUCCCGAGUGGCAAAACACGAUUAGGGAAGAGAUUAGACAAGUCAUCGGAGAUUCCAAGAUUGAAUACAACAAACUUGCCGGACUAAAGAAGAUGAGUUGGGUGAUGAACGAGGUUCUCAGGCUAUAUCCACCGGCGCCGAACGCACAACGGCAAGCUAGGAAAGACAUCGACGUGAACGGCCGAGUGAUUCCGAACGGAACGAACAUUUGGAUCGAUGUGGUGGCGAUGCACCACGACGUCGAGCUGUGGGGAGACGAUGUUAACGAGUUUAAGCCGGAGAGAUUCGACGGCGAUUUGUACGGUGGUUGUAAGAACAAGAUGGGGUUUAUGCCGUUUGGGUUCGGAGGAAGGAUGUGUAUCGGUCGUAAUCUGACGACCAUGGAGUACAAGAUUGUCUUGUCGUUGGUUUUGUCCCGGUUCGAAAUCUCGGUUUCGCCCGGUUAUCGUCAUUCGCCGACGUAUAUGCUCUCUCUUAGACCGGGUUACGGUUUGCCUCUCAUUGUUCGACCAAUUUAGUUUUGGGGGAUCGGAUUAACACACAAAUUUCAUUUCAUUUUUCGAGUUUUAAUUAGGAUCGUUGCAAAUUUUUUAUUUCGUUUGUCGGCAGAUCAGAAUGGUCUCUGAGUUUAAAGUAUAUUUGUACACAUGUGUCUUUGUUUUUCCCGAUUUGAGAAUACAUAUACCUCUUCUUUUGUUU